AUGAUUAUCGUUUCUUCCUAUACUGCUAAUCUCGCUGCCUUUCUGACACUAGAAAAGAUGCAAGCACCAAUUGAGUCGGUGGAAGAUCUCGCAAAACAGACCAAAAUCAAAUAUGGAAUUCAACAGGGCGGCUCAACAGCACAGUUUUUCAAAAUCUAUCAACGGAUGUGGCGUUACAUGGAAUCUCAGGUAUGCAUAAUCUCUGAUUGCUGGAAGCAUUGCUAA